AUGGCACAAAUGGACUCACAAAUAGCACCAAUCUACGAAGGUCUAACGAUAACAGUCGUAGAAAUGACAUUCAUGCAAUCUGUUUUUAUCGGAGGAGUACAUCUGGACGGUGUUAGUAGUGGCAAAAUUAAAAACCUUUUAUCAGAUAUUAUCCAAAUGGAAAAUUGUCAUAUACUAAAGUGCAAGAGCGAAACUUACGGACAUAUACAUUUCAAGACCGAGAAUGAUGCUGGGUUAUUUUUUCAACGUGUUCAAGGACAAACCUUUGAAUUCGAAUAUAAUGAUGAUCCUGGCGAAAUUAAAACAAUUUCAAUUGAAUUUUUUCCGUCAAAAGAAAUAACCAUACUAUUUAUAAGAUUCAGGUAA